GUUUGUUGUUCUUCCUUCUGCUUCCGAGACGUUCAGGGUCUAAACGGGUUCAACAGCCGUGUCUGCAUGUCUCCACCAAUUCCCUCUAUAAAUCGUCUUCUUCCGCUCCCGAAUGAAGAUUAACAGGUAUGCCAAAGGAAAAAUAUGAUCCUCCAGAUCCCCGCAGAUGUUACACCAUCAUGCCAGCGGAGGAGGUGGCCAGUGGGAAGAAGUCUUACUGGGCCGAGCUCGAGAUUUCUGGACGGGUGAGGAGCUUGAGCAGCUCCUUGUGGACGCUCACCCACCUGACGGCGCUGCACAUCAACGACAACAACCUGAGCCGCAUCCCGCCGGACAUCGCCAAGCUGCCCCACCUGGUCUACCUGAACCUGUCGUCCAAUAAGCUCCGCAGCCUGCCCGCCGAGCUCGGCAACAUGGUCUCUCUCAGGGAAUUGCUUUUAAACAACAAUCUUUUACGAGUUCUGCCUUAUGAACUUGGGAGGCUGUUCCAGUUACAAACGUUGGGGCUAAAAGGAAACCCUUUGUCCCAGGACAUCCUCAAUCUGUACCAGGAGCCGGACGGAACCAGAAAGCUUUUGAACUACAUGCUCGACAAUCUAGCAGUGCACCCAGAGCAGCUCCCCCAAAGACCGUGGAUCACUCUGAAGGAGCGAGACCAAACGAGUCCCACAGCUGUGUUCACGGUCAUGUGCUACAACGUGCUGUGCGACAAGUACGCCACGCGGCAGCUGUACGGCUACUGUCCGUCCUGGGCCCUCAACUGGGAGUACCGGAAGAAAGGCAUCAUGGAGGAAAUCACCAGCUGUGAUGCCGACAUCAUCAGCCUGCAGGAGGUGGAGACGGAGCAGUACUACACCAUGUUCCUGGAAACCCUGAAGGAGCGCGGCUACGACGGAUACUUCUGCCCAAAGUCUCGUGCCAAACUGGUUUCUGAGCAGGAGAGGAAGCACGUGGACGGCUGCGCCGUGUUCUUCAAGACCGACAAGUUUACUUUGGUGCAGAAACACACGGUGGAGUUCAACCAGGUGGCCUUGGCCAACUCUGAGGGGUCGGAGGUCAUGCUGAACAGAGUGAUGACCAAAGACAACAUCGGGGUGGCCGUUCUGCUCGAGGUCAACAAGGACGUGUUCUCCGACGGUAAGAAGCGUCUUCAGAGCGUCACACAGGGGCAGUGACUGAAUACGAUUCUAAUCAAGCAAUUUAGUCGAGUAUUGAUUUUAAUUAGUUGUUUGGGAUGUAGUAUUUCAGACAUGAAUGAAAAGGGCUGAAGGUGACGUCUUCAUUGCUUAUUAUUUUUCAAUACUAUACCAGGAGUCAACCUCCGGUUCUGAAGAUUGAAACCGAUCCUUCAUGUGU